GUCAAAACUACUCCAACCCAUUGUUUGGCAACUUUGAGCGUACAAUACGUUAUAAUACGCCUUGCGUGUCUUAUGUCAAGCCUGUACCUUGGCCACGCAACAGCGACGGCCAACAGCCGUGCGUGUGUUAUUGGCGAGUGUCAGUUGAAUGGAAACGCAACUGACUUAUAGCAUUCUUCCUGAUACCAUUAGGCAGCAACAACUUAACGAGCGUGAACAUCGCACAACUCAAAACCGUUUGGCAAAAAGGAGAUCUCGCCAGAGGCGUGGCUGCCAGCAGCUAACGACUCAGAAAUUGUCAAACAUGUCACAGGAUGCAUCGCUGGGACCAACGCAGAACCACGUCCUUUGCGCCGAUCAAGUUGCUCCUAAAGGUCACGAGUAUGAGCUCAUCGAUAUUCCAACAGACCACUCUCACGCUCAAAUUGACUGGAUAUACGGCAUCUCUGAUCUGCAAGAGGGAAGACUGGCCUUGAGCAACUCGUGCCCCUCGGAAAGCAAGGACCCUCUCUCCUUUGAAUUUCAUAAUCCAUUGCAAGGUACGAGCUUUGAAUAUCAGGCAUUGCGUCUAUCUUCACCUGCGACAAAUGAAAUUGUAUCAGACCGACAUCAUAUACUCAACACGGAGACCUAUCCUGCUGAUAUCCCUUCUGAAGACAAGGCAAGAUCUUUAGACGCUAACAGCCCGGGAGCUCACAUGACCUUUUUCAACGUGGAAAAUUCCCACAAUCUCGACAUUCUGAAUAGUCCUUUCCACCAGACUUUCACAACCCCUGGUAUUUGUCAAGAGAUUUCCACAUUGCCUUGCAAGAGCUGUAAAGCUCAUUCCCACAGCGCUCAAGUAAGCUCCAUUCCCUUGUCUCCAAUAUCGCCAUGCAGAACAAGCCCAGCAGCAUCGACUUGCCACGAGUCUCGGCGUGUUUCCGACGGAAAAACAGCACUGCACCUAGCAGCCGAACAUGGUCACUCCAGUAUAGUUCGUUACCUGCUUGACUGUGGAGCUGAAAUAGACCAGCCAGAUACGGUCGGGAAGACCGCUCUACAUCAUGCAACUCAGAACGGUCACAGCAGCACUGUCAUGUUGCUACUAGCAAGGGGCGCAAAACCGAACUUCUUAGAUCAUACCGGGUGGACAGUACUGCACAUGGCAGCUGAGGGGGGCCACGAACACAUCUUGAGGCUGUUGAUUAACGCUGGCGCGAACUACCAAACCAAGAUAGGAUACCACGAGUUCUAAGGGCAAGACCAAAUAUCCCUACGCAAGCCGUUCAAAGUAAACGUACCUCAGUAGUGGGAUUUCUUCCACUCAAAUGCACCGGUUCCGUUCUGACCACCGCAGUAGUUUGCCUUUUUGUCAAGUCGAAUCCUUCUAGUCAGAACCGGCUCGCAUAUCAGCAAACAACUUUACCAAGAGUCAAGAGACACUGGCAAUGGACCCAGCUCGAAGCACGUAUCUACGGAGACUAGAUCAUGAGCUCCUGCACUUACCAGCUCCUGAAAAAGACAUUUACCUGCGGUUAGGGAAAUGCGACGGCGUCUUCCCAUACCUUGACCUCUCUGGCCCAGGCAUUAUAAUGGUCUGGAUGGAAAUCGGAAGCUUUCGCAACUAUCAACAAAAACAUAAAGUUACAAGAUCACUUCAACUUUCCGGGUUUCGUG